GAAAAAUAAGACGGGCCGAGUUGUUGGAUUGUUAAAAAGGAAUGGCCACCGACGAGUCGCGAGCAGUCGCCGGCCGAGUUUGGCACAGACCCACGCUACCUGAAGCAAUCAAAGAAGACAACUCUUCCUCGAGUUUAGCUGGUGGAUUUCAUCUACUCCUUCAAGCUUGAUUUUCUACCUUCAAUUUCAGCUUCUAAACUUUCAUCAGCGGUUUAGUAUUCUUCCAUGAGUUUCUCCAAUUCUUCUAAAACUGAGAGGAAUAUCACACAAUUUUAUCCUCUCUUCUUAAAGAUUUAAUGUAUUUCAAAUGGCCCUUUCUCUGAGAAAGCUUCAACAGACGCUUACAGCUGUACGCCUCUCAUUUUCGUGGGCUGAGAGUGAUGAUAAACUUGUCCGCGUCUUCGCCCGCAGUAGACAGACUUCCGGUAUAGGAAGACAUGUAUCUUACAUGCUGCUUGCCCGGCCUCUUUAUCACCUGAUUUAUAUCGGUAAUCGCAGUUGUAUCUAUUACAAUCAUUAUAAAGUUCCAUUUGAUUAUGAAAGUGCCUCAGAAUCGUAUAAUUCUAUCCAUUUUAGUCCAAUAGUGAAAUUUAUGGAUCUGAAGUACAGAGGGUUUUGUAGUAGCGCAGAUUCUGAAUCCGAGUUAAAUAAUUCUGAUGAGGAUGGAAGUGAAAAUGAAAAGGGACAAAACCCAAGUGAGGUUGAUAGGGUGUGUAAGGUGAUUGAUGAAUUGUUCUCACUAGACCGAAACAUGGAGGCGGUUUUGGAUCAAUGUGGGAUUAGUUUGACCCAUGAUUUGGUCACAGGUGUGUUGGAGAGGUUCAAACAUGCCAGAAGACCUGCUUUUCGGUUCUUCUGUUGGGCUUCCCAGAGGCCAGGGUAUGCUCAUGAUUCGAAAACGUAUAAUUCACUGAUGGCAAUACUCGGAAAGAAUAGGCAGUUUGAGACUAUGCUUUCAGUUCUUGAAGAAAUGGGUGAGAAGGGCUUACUCACUAUGGAAACCUUUGUGAUCGCAAUGAGGACAUUUGCCGCUGCAAAAGAGAGGAAGAAAGCUGUCGGGAUUUUUGAAUUGAUGAAAAAGUACAAGUUUGAAGCAGGAGUUGAGACCAUCAAUUGCUUGCUUGAUGCUUUGGGAAGGGCGAAGCUUGCAAAGGAAGCCCAUGUUUUAUUUGAGAAGUUGGAGCAUAGGUUCACACCGAACUUGCAGACAUACACAGUAUUGCUCAACGGUUGGUGUACGGUCAAGAACUUGAUGGAGGCUGGGAAGGUAUGGAAUGAGAUGGUAGACAAGGGUUUCAAGCCCGAUAUCGUUACACAUAGUAUAAUGCUAGAAGGGUUAUUGAGGGGUAACAAAAGGUCCGAUGCAAUUAAACUCUUUGAGGUCAUGAAGUCAAAGGGCCCACCCCCUAAUGCAAAAACCUACACAAUUUUGAUAAGAUACCUUUGCAAACAUAGGAAUAUGGACGAGGCGAUCAAUUACUUCGAUGAAAUGCUAAGUACGGGAUGUGGACCCGAUGUUGCGAUCUACACAUGUUUGAUCACGGGGUUUGGCAAUAUAAAGAAGAUGGACAAAGUCUAUGGGUUGUUGACGGAGAUGCGUGAGAACGGGUGUCCGCCUGAUGCCCAAUUAUACAAUGCGUUGAUCAAAUUGAUGACAAACCGGCGAAUGCCAGAUGACGCAGUGAGGGUAUAUAAGAAGAUGAUCCAAAACGGGCUUCAACCUACAAUUCACACAUAUAACAUGCUGAUGAAAUGUUUCUUUAUGACAAAGAAUCAUGACCUUGGGUUUGCAGUCUGGGAGGAGAUGAGGUUAAAGGGGUGUUGUCCCGAUGUGAACACUUAUACUGUUUUCAUUGGUGGGCUUAUAAGGGAGGGUCGGUCAACUGAGGCCUGUGAAUACUUGGAGGAAAUGAUAGGGAAAGGAAUGAGAGCUCCACAACUUGACUACAAUAAAUUUGUGGCUGAUUUUAGCCGAGCUGGUAAUCCAGAUAUAUUGGAGGAGUUAUCUCAGAGGAUGAAAAUCCAUGGGAAGUUUGAGAUAUCAAAUCUAUUUUCAAGAUGGGCUGAGAUGAUGAAGACUAGAGUAAGGAGAAGAACAAACCACCCUAUUCACUAACAAAUGCCUUGUUAAGUUGUUGUAGAAAGAUUCAUCCUGAGCUACGACUCAUUGUUUGAUUUUUACUUCACUUGUAUAAUGGAGGCAGAACGGGCACGUCAUAAGAGGCUGCCCGUUUGAUUUUUGGGUGGGGCUGGGAAGGUUUUGGAGGGUUCCCAUUUUGUUCUGAUAAUACAAACCGCCACAUUCUCCCAUUAAUUUUAUCUUUGAGAGUGAUAAGAUUAAUUCUUGGUUACCAACUUGUUCUUUGGAGCUGCAUCACCAACUUAUAGAAUUGUUUCAAUACUUAUUGUAGUGUGGAAUAGCCGAGCGGGCCGCUACCAGGUCUCCGCAGCGAGGUGAGCGAGCGGUUGGUAAGUUGGUUAUUGCAGCCAUAGCAGAUUAGAUAUUGCCUCAACCCUAAUUUCUUUUCUGCACUAUGAUUAGGUUUUUUGGGGUUAAUUGUUGCUCAUAUGGUAUUUUGGGGCUAAAGUUGAGCCCUUUUAUAACAUGUCAGAAGUCUUCUGCGUUGAAAAAAACUCUAUUCAGAUGUCAAUCUUUUUUGGCAACUCAUGAGUGAUCCUUCUCGAGCUUUUUGUGACCUCCGGUUACCUUGCCUGAACAUGGAGACUAAAAGGAAAUAUACCAGUUUCUUCUUCUGGCCUGUUUAAGCCCAGUGGUGAGAAUCUUAAUCCUGUUUGCAGUGUGAAAUAGUUUGAAAAUCAUGACAAGAAGACCGUUGCAUGUGGCUUAAGUGAAUAUGAUGAUUGAUGAAUGUCAUCCAGGAAAUUGUGUUUGAUUAUAUCAUCCUUUUAAAUUCACUUUUAACAUAUUUAUAUAUUUUGUUUUAACAUUAAUGCCUUUUUUUAAUUAGUGAUUUCAGUAAAACCCGUUUUGUGGCUUAUUAAGUAUUAACCUGAUCACUAUCAACUAUAUUUCCAUAACACUAAGUGGCUGCUUACUAAUAAUGAAGCUUUCUGUUUUUAUGGAAAACUGAAAACAUGUUUACUAAUUCUGUUUUUCAGAUUUAGAAAUGUCAACACAUUUUCUUCACCACUCUACAACAACAACAUCCAAGAUUCCAAGCCUUAGUCCCAAAAGAGUUUGGGGUCAGCUUCUUCACCACUUCUAAAAUAGAAAAACAGUAUUCCAAAGUAGAAAAAACAGUUUUCUAAAGUAACAUGUUACCUAGAGACCCUAGAGUCAUUAUGAUGGCAACAAAUACCACGUUUCAACUAAUGAUAGUACGUACAACAAUAAGUGACCUUAUUGCCAUUGUUAAUGGCAAUAUGAUAAAAGUGUUAUUUGCGUAUAAAUUUUUUACGCCCAAAUGUGAAAGCAAAAGAAUCUUACAAUAAGUAUUAGUAGAUGCUAUUUCUGUGGACGCUAAUGAAAAGGUUUUAACGUUUUAUUUAUUAGUAAUAAAACAUAAAAAGGAAAUGCUAGAUAGCUGUUUCCCCAAAGAGGAAUUGUGCUCUCUGUGAGAUACAAGGGAGGGGACAGUAGAAAUCAAAUCGACAACAAAGUUGAAGGAUUCCGAGGCAAUGUAUGACUUCUCAGUUAGUGCUGCAAUCGGUACUAGGCGAGUUUGGCUUCCCGAUUGAUCUAGACUUUCUAAGCCAAUACCACUUUGUUCUCAAUCCGUUCUCCUAUUCACUUCCAGCGCACCUUCUUCCGGUAUCCCCUUUUUCAUAUACCAUGUUUUUUCAGUUUUUUAUGACAUGAUUUCUAUUGCCUUUCGGUUCUUGUUAAUCAAAUUUUUGGAUGGGUGUUUAUGCGGCUGAAUUGUCAUUUGUCAAUGGGAAAAUGUACAAAUAUACCCCUCUAGUAUGGGUGUGAGAACAAAUACACCCAUGUUCUAUUUUUCGGAACAAAUAAACCCCUAAAGUAUAUGUUGAAGUACAUAUAUACCCCUCAUGUAAAACUUUUGAAAAAUGCAAAAGUACCCCUCAUGUUAUAAAGUAUGGGGUAGCAAAUUUACCCCUAUUGACUUUAAAUAAAUAAAAUAAAUAUAAAAAACAUACCAAAAAUAAAUUAUAAAUUCGAAAUUUAAAAAUUAAUAUUUAUUAUUAGGUUAAAAUAUUCACUCUUUAAUUGCAAAAUUAUUAUUUUUUUCGUUGUAAAUGAAUCACUUCAAAUUCAUUAAUUUUAGUUUUAGUCUUGUUACGGAAUUUUGUACACGUUACAUUUUCUAAAAUAACAUUCUUUGAUUUUGUUUAACCUUAAUAAAAUUAGAUUCACUAUAUUAUAAUCUUGGACUAUUUAUCAUCAUCCAAAAUAUGUAAUUUUAUAGUGCAAAGAAUGAAAAAAAUUAAUAUUUUUUUACAUUGCAACACAUAUUUUAACACUUUUUCGAAAGAAUCUUAAAUAUAUAAUAAAGUUUUGAAAUAAUAUUUUAUACUAACAAUAUUAAAUUGUGAUAUAAAACAAUAAAAGGGAGAAUUGGACACAAGUAUAUUUUUUAUUUUUUUUAUUUUCUAAUUUAUAAUUUAUUGGUGUUUUUUGAAGUUUAUAUUAUCAAUUUAAAGUCAAUAAGGUUAAAUUUGCUCUUUUAUAUGAAUAUAAAGAGUAUUUUUGCACAUUUUAAAAGUUUAGGGAUACAUAUGCACUUCCACACAUACUUCAGGAGUAUAUUUGUUUAGAAAAAUAGAACAUGAGUAUAUUCGUUCUCACACCCACACUACAGGGGUAUAUUUGUACCCGUUCCCUUUGCCAAUUGUAUGUCACAAGGGGUUUCUGGUAAUAUAUUUUUGGAUUUUGAUUCUUUUCCUAUUUUGAUAUGCCUUAUUUGAGAAUUCUAGAAUUUUUUGUUCCUUUUUAAGGAAGGGGAAUAUUAAUUUGUUCACAGUCAACAGCUGUGUUAAACAGAUAGAAAAACUUAACAAGAAGAUUUUACCACACUAGUAUUGACAUUCUCGUACCAUCUCGAUCCCAAACUGUACCUACUAUAUGUAUUAUGUACCGACAGAAUAUGAUAUAAUAUGUGAAAUGAAGGUAUGCUCUAUUAUAUGUCACAGAAAAGGUCAGUACACAAUUCUUGAGAUUCAUAUUUAUUCCUGAUAAUAAUUUUACCUAAAACCAUAUUCUUUCCUAAUUGGUUGUCUUGUUCUCGUAUUGCAGGGAUUUCCAACGGAAGCACAACCAUCUAAACUUGCAACUAGCAAAGGCUCUGCAAAUAGAUACUUUUAUUUAGAUAAAUUGGCCGAGGGACUGAGGGUUGACUUGUUUGAUAACUUUUGAUGGUUUACUCGUUCGUCACUUUCUCAUUAUAUUAGUAUGGGCUGUGGUUGUAGCUUUUCCCUUUCAUCAAACUCAGCUCACUGCAGUAAAUUUCAAACUUGAUUCGCCGGAGCCUGGGGGGUAGAACUGCUAUCUUGUGAGAUUCAUUUCAUUUUCUUGAUGCAUUUAUUUACUUUUCUCAAAUGUCCUCUUAUGUUUAGGCUGAGGAGCUAAACAAGGAGAUAUUUGAUAACUGUCACUCAAAUUCCAAAUUAGAUCAAAUGAAUCUAAAAGUAAUUUUCUGGAUCCAUUUUUUUGUACAUAUUGUUCUCUUAUC